AUGAACAUAAUACCUCACAUACUUGUCUCGAGUCCCCAUCGAUAUAAAAGCAUUGACCAUUGUUUGUGGUUACAGGUGGGAGCCCUACGAGUAGCCACCGCAACCGGACUUCGUCCCCCCCUGCUAAUUAUUGUAGCGCCCCGUAUAUCUAAAUCGCACAUUGACAUUGGAGCGCAUAGCAAGACAAAAGAAAUGGUCCUUGCGGCUGACAAUAUUCGUGAGACACUUGAGGUAUCCUUCGAUGAUAGAGAUCAGAAUGAUGAAGUGAGGCCUAUGCUCUCAUCAAGACUCGUAUCGCUAAGCCGUUUCUUGUCUUCGGGAACCGCUUGGACACGAAGAAUUCUCUACGCUUUAGCACAAUUUUCGCACUCUAUUCACGUUCUCUAUGGUUGA